AUGAAAAGGAACGGGUCUAACAUUAACAUGGAACGCAUCCAAGAUGUGCCCUACGAUUACUCCUUUAUUGACAACAUGAAUAAUAAUUUGCCUACAAUGGCCAACAACAAUUUAGUUGAUCUCUCACAACAUCCUACCCAAGUCUACGAUUUAACAACACAGGGGAACAUGCAAACCGAUCCUAGUUGUAACAGAGCUAUUCAAACUAAAGGUGCAAUGAACUUUAUAGUUGAUAACAAUGUAUCGUCCCAUCAAUCUACACUAUCAAAUCAAUUUGAAGCCAUAAAUUAUGCGAUUGGAACUAAAAGUGUUCAGCAGCCAUUACAUGAUCUUUCCGCAAUCGAUGCACCAAGUGUUCAGUACAAUAAUAACGGGGAAUUUCUAAAUCCUCUUUCAAUAUUUGAAGAUAUCUCAUCAGUUGAAAGUCAGCAUAAUGACGAAAACAACACUAAAAAUGAAGAAGUUGAUCAAACUUAUUCAGCUUUAGAUCAUUCUACAUUGAGUCAACUCGAAAAACAUAGCGAACUAAACAAAACAAUAAUUCAAACAUUGUUAAAUAACUUCACCAUCGUAAUGUUGCCUAGUUUAUUGGUGAUAGGACAGGGGAUGGAUGCGCCAGGGGCAAAAUGUUUUAUUGAUGGAAAAGCAUUCCAAGGACUUGUGCGCUGUAUCAUGGAUAUCGUUGUAAACUUUCCGCAGAAUUAUAUGAACAAACCGUCAUGUAACAAAGACACCCAAACGGAAAUAGAUUCCAAAGAACCACAGAUCGUUGCAAACAAACAUACGCAGACAGAUGCUGAAUCAGUGUCAGUACCCAGAAUUAAGAUAAACCCACGUUCUAAUAAAGUGCAUCAAAACAAAGAAUCGAGCAAGGAACAAACUCCACGGUGUUGCCAAAAUAAAAACGCAUCAAACCAAAACACAAAUGUUUAUAACAUUCAUCAAGAACAGUUUUAUGAUACCCAGCAACUGUACCCUCAAUUACCAUCCGAUCAGAGCUAUGUUAUGCAGACUCCCGAGUCGAACAGAAACAAUAUGCAGCCCCAAAUGAUGCAAUAUGGAAUGCCUCAAACAAAUGCUAUGCAGAGAACGGAAUCAGGCAAUAAUGGAGUUCAAAUGAUGCAAGGGAUGAAUCCAUAUGGAAUACCUCAUUCUCAAACUGCUAAUACUAUGAUGCAGGUAUACUUAAAGCAAUAA